GCGUUUAUCGUUGACCAUAUGUUGAUACGUAACAGUGUAUCUUUGCGAUUUGAAGACACAAUAUAUUCUUCCGAAAGCUACUUGCUUAUUGUCAUCACAAUGGCGAAUAAAGACAAUUGUAAAAAUAGCAUAGAGCAUCACGUGCAGUAUGAGCUGACCAGCGACGAUAAAGAAUAUGCAGCGAUAAAUUUGAACGAAACCGACGAAACUAGAGAGACUGCCAUUACGGAGAUCAGACGCUGGCUUAACGAUCAAAUGCACAUACAGAUUGACGAUUUCCUCAUCUUGCGAUUCUUGCGAGUUUGCAAGUUUAACUUCGAAAAAACUAAAACCAGAAUGCGAAACUUUUAUAAGAUGCAAUCUGACUUACCGGAAUGGUUUACAAAUAGAGAUCCGUUUAAACCAGAAUUACAGGAGAUAAUUAAUAUGGGAUUGAUUUUGCCUUUGCGGAAACCUGAUAGUCGAGGCAGAUUGGUUGUCAUUUUGCGCACUACUUUACAUAAUCCGAGAAUACAUGACAUUUCAGAUAUCAUUAAGGUCAGUAUAAUGAUAGAAGAACUGUCGAUGAAAAAUUGCGCCAUGCGUACAUCAUCUGUGUACGGUGUAACGUUCAUCGGUGACGCGAUCAAUCCAACUAUACAUCAUAUAUUUCAAUUUGGACCCUCCCUAGUAAUGAAAAUAGUACACGCAUGGCAAAACUGUUAUCCUAUAAGGUUACAGUUGAUAAACAUAAUCAAUGCGCCAAAGCUUUUUGAUAUUACUUUCAAAAUUUUUAAAUCUUUUAUGUCAGAGAAAUUGAAGAGGAGAUUUCAUGUCUAUCCACACAUGCGGCAAACUUGUUUUAAAGAUAUUCCAGCUAACAUCUUGCCAGUCGAGUACGGUGGCAGUGAUGGUACAAUUCAGGAAUUAACAGAGUAUUGGAAGAAAUUGUUGGAAGAUAAUCGCGAUUUGUUUACAAGUAAUAAGAAUGAUUAA